CUGGGAGUGGUCCCAGGUAUCGGCUAAUGAGUGGCAUGUGUUGACAUGUAUUUCCGAAUUGUAUUUAUGAAUCUGAAGAAGUCUCUUCAAAAUAUUAUUUAUUAUAAACUGUUGAAACGAGUGGUCGGUUACGGGCAUGUCAAUAUCUCCUUUUUAAAGCAGAAGGCGUAUACACAAAGACAGCGCUUUAACUAAAAAUAAUUUUCGGUAAUCUGAUAUUCGUUUGAUAUUGGCGGAAUUUGUUUGUGCUGACACCGAAGAAGUUAGUUAUUUUAAUUGUGCAAAAUACGAAUUUGCAUUCCUCGGGAAAUAUUUAUAGUGUAAGAGUGUAAAAACGGUUCUAUUGUUUUAAAGGUGAAUUACAAAUUAUAUUAUUAAAACGUGUGUGUAUUGAGUUGUGCUAUGAUAUGAACAGGAAGCAAAUUACAUGAGAAUAUACAUGAUGUGGCCAAACUCGGGAUACGUGUUGGUGAAAGCUUUGAUACUGGGUAUUGUGUCGUCCAAUUUGAACAGCGUUUGCGCUCAAACUAUAAGCAAGCCAAGCAGUUGUGGGGACUCCACCGGAUGUUUCCAUAACGGAUGCACGUCGGACGAUUGCGAAUUCCUGCUCAAGUGGCAGGACGGGGGCGGCGAUGACCUUGAUCUCACCUUGACUUGUAUAGGCACCGGCGACAAGUACUGCGCCAUUGGACUCUCCAGCGACUCCAAAAUGGCGAGCGCGAGUGUGAUAGAGUGUGUAUCAACGAGCAGCACCCCGGCCGUCUACGUCUCAUACAACACCGGCUAUUCCAACAGCCGCUUGUCGCAGAACCAACUUGGCCUGACACUGACGUCAUCAUCCCACACAAACGGGAUAUUCACGUGCACGUUCAAACGUAAAAAGACCGCGACUCUGGCGUCAGCGUCGGUCGCAGACUCAACCAAGUACUUCGAUAUGAACAGUGACUGGACGCUGUUGUAUGCUUAUGGGUCCUCGUCAGGUGGUUCUAUCCAGCAGCACAGCUCCAAUCCGUGCGCUUCCCUGGAGACUGCCGACUUCCAGAGCUCCGACGACGUAGGAUGUAGCGCCACUGACCGCCCGCUCGUCAAACUACACGGUAUCUUGAUGUCGCUGGUGUGGAUGUUGUUUGCCCACGUGGGUGUGUUCAUGGCGUCGAUCAACAAACAGACGUGGCCGGACUCCACCCUUUGGUUCGGCCUCAAACCUUGGUUCGUGUUCCACAUAGGAUGCAUGCUGGGGAGCACGUUGCUGACCUUAGUAGCAUUCAUCGCCAUAUUUGUCCACGCCGAGGGAUACUCAAAGAACGCUGCUUCACAUCCAGUUAUAGGCAUCAUUGUUACCUGUCUAGUUCUCAUCAAUCCCAUUAUGGCGGCAUUUCGUCCGAAGCCUGACCACCCGAGACGUAUUAUCUUCAGGAUAGCUCACACACUCGUCGGCUACCUGGCCAUUAUUCUUGCAACGGUUAACCUGUACACGGGGGCGAGUCUGUCGGCUGCGAACGCCCCCGCCUCCACUCGGAUCGUCUUGAUUGUCUUCAACGUCUGGAUCGUGGUCGUCCCUAUCGCCGCCUUUCUUUACCUCGCUUUCAGUCGAAAGCCUAAACAAAACAAGUCAAAUGAAGUAGAGCUUGAACCAUACGAUUCUGGGCAAGAAACAAAGGAGCCGCUGGACAAUGUCCGGGUGUUGAUCACAGCUGUAUACGUUGUCGGACUUCUGGCGCUGUCCAUCGCCUUCUGGGUGCUCUUUGCUGGGGGAAAAUAACCAAAUCGUACACACGAUAUUGAAAACUUACAUUGAAACCGGUGACAUGAACUUAAAACACUGCUCGUGUGGACUUCGAUCAAUCAUACUGUUAUAUUAGUUAGUUUUUGUAUUGCUAUAAGCUUUGUUGUACAUUUGUAUUUGUUUUUUGUGAACAAGAAUAUAUUUUUAGUAAUAGUUUACAUUUCAUUGCAACAAAAAUGUAGCUUAUGAGCCUUUAUGUCUCGAUAUGGUUUGCUAUAUAACUCUUUCGAGACAUAAUGCCCCAAAGCAAUAGUUUAGACAAGAUUGGACGUGGUGAAUGGACAAAACUAGUUUGGAAAAUUUGUGAUAAUUAAAGGGAAAUAACUCACAUGUUACGGGAGUGUUCAGCAGGUUGGUUUUCAAUUUAGUUUGUGUAACCAAGUUUAAUAACAAUCGGAUAAGCUUUGGUCGAGUUAGAGAAUGGACAAGGUCAAGUUGGUAGAUACUUAAAGGGACAUAUAAUA